AUGCUCGCGACCCAAACCAAGACGUGGGUUGCGGGUGCCGCUACGAAAGCGCAACAGCCGUGCGUCCGGAGGGGCAGCACCCUCGCAACACCAUCCUCGCCACUCUGGUACAAUCCACUUUGUGUGGCGUGCCGGCUGCAGGCGAGCGACCAGUUUCAUCGUUAUCUGCAUAAUCCUCACAUAGUACAGCCAGACGGCAUCGAUUCGCUUCCACGCACAAAAGGCGACCAGCAGCAGUGGUUGAACGUUGAACAAUGGGACGGUUACAGUGAUACUUACCUGAAGCAACAUAUGCAAUACCCGCCAACCAACGAGCAUCCCAACAACCACCUCAAUUUUAGUCACAACCUGCUGAGUGAGUGUCUGCGGAGUUGUUAUGAGUACUACGGGAAACCUGCUGAUCAGCUGCAGAGACUACACGAAGAUCCACUUCACCCGCAUUUCCACCAAAUGAUUGCGGGCAUAAAAAAAGACCGGGAGAAGAUAGCCGAAGAGCUUGAUCGUGUCUACGCGAAUCUUCACCCUACUGUGAAGACGGUGUAUGACGCUUAUCUCGUCCGUCGGUACUACCAACUUGGUGACUGGAUUGAGCGUGUUGAGCAAAAGCGCCACGAUUUGUUAUGUCAGUUGUCACCUGAAUAUAUACGGCAAGCAGAAAGAGCGCGAGGUGUAGCGGCGCACUUCCUCAGUCGUCUGAAACAGCUGCAGUCAGCCUUCACACAUAACCCGACCCUUGGCCUCCUUGAUGAUGCAAUGGAGGGGCAAUACACCCAUGACGAGUUAGUGAUGCUGCGGCAGAAGGCGGCAUAUUUCCGCAAUAUGCGUCAACUGGGUGCUAACCAACAGGAUGCCGACGUACACACACACUGA